GCUGCCACCGGGCUGCCCAUGGCCAAUGUCGAGCGGCUCAUGCGGCGGGUGAUCCCCAAGGGCUUCAGGAUCUCCUCCAGCUCCAAGCAACUCACCCACGACUGCACCGUCGAGUUCGCCGGCUUCAUCACCGGCGAGGCGUCCGAGCAGGCCAGGGCGCAGCACCGCCGCGCCAUCACGCCGGAGGACUACAUAGCCUCGUUCGAGGCGCUCGGGUUCGACGACUACGUCGAGCCGAUGAACACCUAUGUCCGCGGCUACUGCGGGCAGCACAACACUGCCGGCUACGGCGGCGGCUAUGCAUGGCCCCCUCAUGGCACUGUGCCGGCGACCGUCACUGCUCCAGAUGCAUCCAGAAAUGACUAG